UAUAAAUAAGGUGCACGCAAAUUCCAUGUGCUUUGAUAAAUGGGAGCAUCCAAUGUUUAGAAUACAAUUGUCUAUCCUUGUUUUAGCACGUACAAUAGAGUGAGGAGCGCCUUCCCUCAUACAUAAGGCUAUCUAUCUAGCAAAUAUGAACGGCAAAUCAACAACAACUGCUCCUAUUGCUAUGAGGGCCAUUGAUGUAAGCUAGCUCGACAACUCGGUACCGCAGUAGCUCUAUCCAUAUGUACGUUUUGUCACCGGUGAGGGUAUGUGAAUUGAAUGAUAGCUAGAUCACAAGUCCGAAUCCCCUAUUCUCCAUUUGUAAUAGGGUGGCCUUCCAAGAGGGAAGCUCGUGAAUGGCCUCUUAUUGGAGAGGCAGGCUCAAAGGAAAGGUUGCAAUUAUAACAGGAGGAGCAAGUGGAUUUGGAGAGAUGACAGCAAAAGUGUUCGUCCAACAAGGAGCAAAGGUCAUUAUUGCCGAUGUACAAGACGAAAAAGGCAUUUCCUUGUGCAACGAAAUCAUUUCUAGUUCCAACAACCAUGCAUAUGGUAACAACGACGACGACGACGACGGAGAAUUCAUCUCCUAUGUGCAUUGCAAUGUUUCUGAUGAGACCGAUGUUAAAAACCUCAUAGAUUUGACCAUCUCAAAACAUGGAAAGCUCGACAUCAUGUUCAACAAUGCUGGUAUACCAGGUGAUCUAGAUCCUACUAUUGUAGGUGCUACUAGUGACAACUUCAACAAAGUGUUCAACAUCAACGUUUACGGUGGUUUCUUAGGUGCUAAGCAUGCUGCUCGGGUUAUGAUCCCAAGAAAAUCCGGUGUAAUCCUAUUCACUGCGAGUGUAGCAUCAUUGGUAGCAGGGGAGUCACCUCACGCAUACACCAUGUCAAAGCACGCGAUAAUAGGUUUAAUGAAGAACUUGUGUGUCGAAAUGGGACAAUAUGGAAUUAGAGUGAAUGCAAUUUCUCCUUGCGGUGUCUCUACACCGCUACUAAGCAAUGCAUUAGGGAUGGAUAAGGAAAGUGUUGAUAGGUUGAUUUGUGAAUCAGCUGUGCUUAAAGGAGUUGCACCGGAGGCCUUAGAUGUGGCUAAUGCAGCGUUGUUUCUGGCUAGUGAUGAGGCUAAGUUUGUGACCGGUCUUAAUUUUGUUGUUGAUGGUGGCUAUAGCGUCACCAACCCGUCUUUCUCCAUGGCCGUCCAAAAUAUGUUCUCCUAAAACCAAAAAUAAAUCAAGGAUGAAUGCCUAUCGACCUCUUGUCUUUAUUGUUUUGUCUUUUCCUAAUUUACCUAUAUAUUGUCUCAAAUACUAUUAGUCCUUUAGGGUAAUUAAGUACGGCUGAAUUUUUACCAAAUACCCUCAUGUUUUCAGAAAUUGAAUGCAUCCAUCAAUUCUAAAUAGGGUAGGUUGGGUGUCAAUAAGGUACUAAAUCUAUCGUUUCUUUAUCCUUCAAGCCCCUUUAGAAGGAGGGGAGUUUUAGAAUUUUGUAACAAAUAGUCAAGAGGACCACUUUGGAAAAUCUUUUUAGUUCGAGAUAGGUGUACUACUAAAAAGUUUGUGGAGUGGACGUAUUUUGAAGCGUUUA